AUGAAGACUGCCUUAGAGAGAGAAACUUUGGGAGAUAACAAGCGUGAAAUGCCUCUGUUGUACACAAGUUCUUCCUGCUGUGAGGCAGUACGUGAAGGUUGUUGUUUUUUGUGGAUGUUGCGGGAAGGUUUCCCCUUCAUGGUUUACCGUCCUUGGGGCCCGGAGGUGAAUCAAACAGAUUUUAAUUUUGAUGUGUUGAAAGCUCAGGCUGAGGCGUUAGGCCUUCAAGGAAAUGAUAUUGCUCAGUAUGUCAUUAGUCAACAGACACUUGCAAGGGAGGAGAGAGCAAAAGAAAGAGCAUUUCAGAAAGAACAAUUAGAAGCGGAGAAAGAAAAGGUUAAACUUGAACAUGAGCUUCAGAUGGCUCGGUUAAACAAUCCUUCAGCCAGCUCAUUCACUUCGGUCCUUUUUGAUGGCGCUUCGCGCCCUUGCUUACCAGUUUUUAAAGAUGGGGAAGAUAUGACUUCAUACUUAAUCAAGUUUGAGCGCAUUGCCAGCUUGUUAAAUUUUAGAGAAGAAACUUAUGCUAUCAGACUGGGAAGUUUGUUGACUGGAAAAGCAGUUGAUAUAUACACCUCACUGCCUCCAGAAAUAACGUCUGAUUAUAAAUUGUUGAAAAAAGCUCUCUUACGGGGUUAUAGUAAAACUCCCGCAAGUUAUAGGAAUGAUUUUAGAACUGCUAAGAUAAAAUGUGGGGAAACAUAUGAGCAAUUUGCUAUUCGACUUGGACGGUUAUUUGACUAUUGGGUGGAUGCAUGCGACAUCACCAAAGAUUAUGAAUCUCUUCGUGAUUUUAUGUUGCUGGACCAACUAAUGUCUUCCAUUUCCCCAGAUCUGCGAGUAUAUGUGAAAGAACACAACGUCUCCUCUUUAUCUGAUGCGGUAAGCCUGUCGGAUAAUUGGGUAUCUGCUCAUAGUGCCUACCCCAAGUCGUAUCAAUCCUUUGACCAAGGUAAGAGAAGUGUGGCUCCAAAGCCCCCGACUCCAAUUCAGCCAACUUUGAAAAGAGAUUUUUCAUCUGUUAAGUGUCAUGGGUGUGGUGACAUUGGACAUACAAGAUCUCGCUGUCCUAAAAAUCCCUUAGCUUACAAACAGUACUCCUCAGUUCCAACUCAUAAAGUCGGAUUUAGUCUAAAUGACAGAGGAAAUUCAAAGUUUAUGACAGCUGGUACCUUGAAUGGGGCUUGGGUCUCCACUAUUCUCAGAGAUACGGGGUGCACAUGUGUUAUUGUAUCUGACAAGUUGUUACCUGAUGUUGAUGUUUCUAGCACUGAUCUGGUGGGGAUAGAAGAUUAUCUUGGCCGGCUGGAUUAUUUCCCCAAAACUAAAUGCUUUUUGAAAUGUCCAUACUUUGAAGGUUGGGUUGAUGUGGUGAGAGCACCAAUUCAAUUUUGCAGUAUUUUGGUUGGGAAUGUACCAGGGGCAUAUAAUCCCAAAUUAUCUCCAGAUUUUGACUUAAAUGUACCUCAACAUUCAAAUAAUGCGCCUCUUGAUUAUUCAUGUGCAAUUCAAACUAGAUCCUCUAAAGUAAAAAGGUUUCACCCUUUAGUCUUACCAAAGAUUGAACCCCUUAAAGUUACCCCUGAGGAAUUUGCUAAAUUGCAGGCAGAAUGUCAUUCUCUGACCAAAUUGUGGGAAAAAGUGAAGUCUGAAGAACUUGAUAAAAUGCGAGACGGUAAAGAAUUUAAGUAUGAGCAAAGAAAUGGUCUGCUUUACCGUACUUGUGUUGCUUCAAAGCAUUAUGAAAGAUUAGGCAAAUCUUCCCUAGUAGUACCCAGUGAAUGUAGAGCUAUCAUUCUCUCGGUAGGUCAUGAGAGCCCCUUGGCUGGCCAUUUCUCUCAUCGGAAAUCAGAAAUGCGCAUUAAAGACCAUUUCUAUUGGCCAAACAUGGGGGCUGAAAUCAGGGAUUUCUGUAAGUCUUGUGACAAGUGUCAAAGGAUGUCAACUAAGGGUAGAGUAAGACCAGUGCCAUUAAAGUCUAUGCCUAUUUUAACGGAACCAUUUUCUCGUGUUUCUAUUGACUUGGUAGGUCCAUUUUCUCCUCCAUCUUCUGAGGGUCACCGUUAUAUCUUAACCUUGAUUGAUUUUGCCGCCGGUUUUCCAGAAGCACUGCCUCUUAAAGAGACUGAUUCCAUAUCUGUAGCCGAAGCCCUUCUGGUGAUAUUUUCAAGGGUUGGUAUACCUCGGGAAAUUUUGUCUGAUAGAGGAAGACAAUUUGUUUCCCAACUAAUGGGAGAAGUACAUAAAUUAUUGGGAGUCAAGCCACUCUUUACUACUCCCUAUCACCCUAGUGGGAAUGGAAGGGUGGAAAGUUUUCAUGCAACUCUAAAAGCCUCCUUAAGGAAAUUAUGUAGUGACAAACCACGUGCAUGGCACCGAUAUCUAGUCCCCACAUUGUUUGCGAUGCGAGAGAUUCCUAGCGAUCGAACAGGGUUUUCAGCCUUCGAGCUACUUUAUGGACGAACAGUCCGGGGGCCACUUUCAGUUUUAAGGGACUUGUGGGAAGACACAACCAUAAAGGAGGAUGAUAGAUCUUCUUUCCAAUAUGUCAUCGAAUUAAAAGAUAAGUUGGAAGAGUGUGCUAAAAUUGUAGCUCGAAAUGCUGAGAUCAGUUCCACCAAAUUCAAAUCUUACUUUGAUUUAAAAUCUCAGGAUAGGAAGUUUAGGCCAGGCGAGGAAGUCCUUGUACUCCUCCCUGAUAACACUAACAAAUUGCUCAUGUCUUGGAAUGACCCAUAUACUGUUCUUGAGUGCCGUAACAAGGUAAAUUAUCUUAUUGAUGAAGGUGGAAAACCCAAGUUACUUCAUGCAAACCUAUUAAAGAAGUAUCAUAGGAGAGCCAUAAGUUGCCAACCUAAUGUUAUGGACGAAGAAACAGAGCAGAAAUCUGAUAUUCAAUCAUUAACUACAAAUUUCCGGGAUGUAUUUUCACUAAUUCCUGGUUGUACCAACACCCUGGAGCAUGAGAUUGAAGUUAACACCACAGAACGUAUUAAGUCUAAGAUUUACCCCAUUCCUAUACAUCUAAAAGCCCACUUUGAAGCUGAAGUUGACCAAUUACUUGAACAAGGGAUUAUACAGCUAUCGUCCUCUCCCCAUUCGUCUCCAGUAGUCAUGGUCAAAAAGUCAGAUGGUAGCUACCGUAUGGCUAUAGAUUAUCGAGCUGUUAAUUCUGUAACUAAUUUCCAUGCUGAGCCAGCUUGCACUAUGGAAGAAGACUUGUAUAAAUUUUCAGGAUGUAAAUAUUUCUCUGAAUUGGAUCUUACUAAGGCUUACUACCAAAUUAAACUUUCUGAGAAAGCCAGACCUUUAACGGCAUUUCCUUCACACAAGGGUUUAAUGGAAUUUUGCCGAAUGCCUUUUGGGUUGGUAAAUGCUUGUGCCACUUAUAUUCGCCUAAUGCGCAUUGUUUUAGCUGGUUUAAAGGAUGUUUCCUUCUAUUUUGAUAAUAUUUUCAUUCAUACUAGAACUUGGGAAGAGCAGACAGAGGCUAUUUUUUCUGUAUUAGAGAGAUUACGUGAGCACAACCUCACUGCAAAACCUUCAAAGUGCAGAUUUGGUUUCAAGUCUAUUCAUUACUUAGGCUUUAUUCUUGAUGGUAACUAUUUGCAUCCAAAGCUUGAUAAAAUAGAGGCUAUACUUAGUUUACCACCUCCUUGCACAAAGAAGACUUUACGAUCUUUCCUUGGCUUAAUUUCAUUUUAUAGAAUGGUCAUUCCACAAGCAGCUUCACUGACAAGUUCAUUAUCAGACUUGUUACGUAAAAAUGUUAGCGAACCCCUAAAGUGGACGGAUGAAUUAACUAAAGUAUUUGAAAAGUUGAAAACGGCAUUAGCUUCCAAACCCAUAUUAAAGAUACCUGAUGCUUCCCUUCCUUUUGUCUUACGAACAGAUUCAUCAGACGUUGGGCUUGGAGCCGUUCUUCUACAGUACGUCGAUGGUCAUCCAUUCCCUGUGGCAUACGCUAGUCGAAAACUAUUAGACAGAGAAAGGAGGUACUCAACCAUUGAGAAAGAAGGCUUGGCUAUAAUAUUCGGCAAUCGCAAAGUUGCAAAUGUGAGUGUGAAUAUUUUUCAGUCAUGCCAAGAAUAUUUUUAUUUCAUAGAAUUUUCUCUGCAGAUACAGUAUACUCUGUACGAAUGA